AUGAAGAAAGACCACCAGAAGCCAACACCACAAAUAAAUAAAGAAAAGAUGAAGUCAUUAGGAAACAAGCUUGAUACCAGCAGUACCAUUCGAAGGCUUGUUGCCUCUGUAAGAGGGAAAGGGGAGACAAAUUUGACCUCCAAGGCCAUGGCACAUCCCAACCCUAAAUUGCAAGGUUUUAAACAGGUCCAAUCCGUUGGAGGCCUUGUUGGGCAUCAACCCAAAAUGAAAGGCACCACCACCCUUGCUGCCAGCAAAACUGUCAAGGGAAAGGCUAAUAGAUCCCCAGAAAAUGGGAAAUGCAACCCCAGGAAGAUCGAAUUCGACCAGAACCCAGGGGCUUCCAAUCCUUUGCCAGAAGAUGCAAUCGGGACGGAAGUGUCUAGCAGUACCACUCCAACUGAGGGGAAAAAGAUGGUGAUGGGCGUCGACAUGGAAUGA